GUGGCGAGAGUGAUCACGUCAUCAAUUUGGCGGCCUGAGAAUGGCGAGACACGGUUUAAAUACUUGAGUGAGAGCAACUUUUGCGCUACCGGACCGCACCGGACGAAGGCUCGUCGUUCGAUUGGCUUCGAAAUUGAGUCAGUUGCGGCGUUCCCAGACGUUUGCGAAUUUCCUUUUAGCUAAGCAAGAGUCGAGUUCAGCGCUGUUGUCUCUGAGGGACUACCGUCGUCCGUCGUGCCGUGUGGUCGCGCUAGCUUGAAAGUUCAUAUAAAACCGUUGCGUUUCGGCUGCGCGAGAGUUACACGUAUUUUUGCCGUACACCGAUCAAGUUUAUCGUGGAUUGUUCGCGCUGUUCAGAGAGAGAAAAAAAACCGUCGUUAAAAUUGGACUGUUUUGAGUGUUUUUUUUUAUCACCAGCGGAAGUGUGAAAUUUUAGCGACAGUUUUAAGCCGAUUAAAGAUCAUUCAAGCGUGACAAGCCAGUGUUAAAUCAGGGAUACGCCAACAAUACAUACCAAACAAGCACCCUAAGCCAAAUGUUUGUUCUGAAAGUGAAAGUCAAGAAUAUGCUCACCAUGAAGAUCGAAAUCAGAAAUCUUUUCCUGUUGACGAUGGUUACGGCCUUGCUAAAUUUGGCCGCCCCAGCUUUGGCUGCAUCCGGCGAUAGUUUUCUGUCACUGGACGAGUUCAACAGUUCUCCAACACGUCACAACCAUCGACAUCAUCCGGCGUCCCAGCAGCAGCUUCAGGAGCAUCAACACCAGCAGCAUCCCAGAGAUAAUUUCAUCCUGAUUGACUACUUGAGCGAUGGUGAACGGGAACGACGCAUAAGCUGGAACGGCAUUGCCGGCAAAGAAACGAGCGUCGGGGAUGUUAGCAAAUCUCUCAGCCUGUGGCAGCUUUCGGACGCCACAAAAUUCAUCCAGAUGAUCUUCACUAGCGACGGGCAGCUGAUGGAUUGUGAGUUCCUGCGACAGAAGCACACUAUCAGCACCUUCCGGCAGCGAUUCUACGGCGAAAUCGAACAGGCUCGGUCCCGCAACUUCUCCUCGCCGCUGCCAGUGCGCCAUUCGCUCGUUUCCGACCAUGACUUCCGGGAGUUUUUGGACAACGGUAUCAUGACUUCGGAGAUGGAAGAUCUGCAGUACAGCGUGCAAGAAUUUGCCGAUGGAUCGAAAGCUGCGCUGGAGAGCGAUGCUUUUGGUCUAAGGAAUUUGACCUAUAUCCCGCUGCGGGAUGAAGCAGACAUACCAAAGGACAUUCUAAAGAUGCUAAAUUUCCGAAGACUGAAGGCCCAGUGCGAUGAGAGGCACGAAAAAAUGCGUGAUAUCGCCCACGGACUGCAAAGUGAAGACGCCGAGCAGCGACAGGAGGCCGACCAAACCCUGCAAAGGCAUAAGCGUGCGAUUGCCGAUUGGUUCCUCUCACCGAAUACCAAAUGGUGCGGCCGGGGACACUCCGCCGAACGGUACCACCAGCUAGGAGGCGCUUCGAGGGCGGACAUGUGCUGCCGGCAGCACGACUACUGUAAACUGAACAUUCCCGGCAUGGCCACCAAGUGGGAUCUGUUCAAUUACAGGCCGUACACGAUCAGCCACUGUAGCUGUGAUCAAAGACAACGUCGGGAUCUGUCCAGCAUGCUCCGGGUGCCGGGCACUAAGUGGUGCGGUAAGGGCUGGAGCGCGCGCAACUACGUCGAAAUGGGCGGCCUGUCCAAGGCGGAUCGGUGCUGCCGCCAGCAUGAUCUGUCCUGCCCGUUUUGGAUCCUGGGCUUCGAGACCAAGUACGGCGUGUUCAACUGGCGCGUCAACACGCUGAUGCACUGCAGUUGCGAUGAGAGAUUCCGUACCUGCCUGAAGAUGGCCGACUCGAGCGACGCCAACAUGGUCGGCAAGCUGUUCUUCAACAUCGUCCAGUCGAAGUGCUUCGUCCUGAAGCCGGAAACCGUCUGCACCAAGACAUCCUGGUGGGGCAAGUGCGAGAAGAAGGUGCGCCGCAAGCGGGCCCAUAUUCGCGACAAUAGGAAGUACUAAAGUCUGGAGCCAAAAACACUCCCUUUUGCGGUUCGGAUCGGCUCGUAUGGUCUUCGUUUGGCAUGAUACCAAAAAGUCUAAGUAAAUAUAAAGUUGCCAGAGAAUAUUAGCAAAAGAAAAACUAGCACUAACACUCAAACGAUGAAUCAAUAUAAGAAUGUUAUUUAUUGGUUAGAGUACUGUCAAGCUUUUAAUUUGUCGAUGGCGUGGAUUGGUGUCCGUGACACCGCAUCGAUCAACUCGUUUAACAAUGAUUCCUAUUAUUUUAUAAGGAUUGUUGAAAAAUGCAUCUACAAGUUUCUUCUCUUCGUGUCUUAAGCGAUCGCUGCUACUGAGGCGUAUUCGUAUAAUGUUCUCAAAAAAUUAAACUAUUAUCGUUAAUGGUACAAAUUCCAUGACAAAGCUAAGAUCAACUAACUCAUUGUAAAUGAUCAUCUAAAAACUCAAUCGUGAUGUUAUAUUUAUUACCAACUCACAGCAUCCUAAAACGAAAGUAUCUAUAGGAUAAGCUCGUAGUAGAACAAAUAUAAUGUAGUUACAAACAAAAACCAACUGUACCAUAAACUCGUAUGUGAAAAGUAUCGCUUUAAUGAUUAAUAUUUAUUUUUCUAAUCCAUCUCAAAAUCGUGAUGCAGCAAUCAAAAUAUUUAAAGUACUCGUCGUCGCAUGUAAAUGUAUAUAUCAUGUAAAUAAUAGCAGAUAUUUUUAGUGUAAUACAAAUCAAUUCAAUAUAAGCAUAUUACAAAUAGAGCAGGAGUUAAUGUGUUUAAUAUAAAACAAAAAAAAAGAAUAACAGUGAUAAUCGGAAGCAAUUAAGCUACAUUGCGAAUUACUGCAGACGAAUGAAUGUGUUGCGAAAUUCAAUUGUGAUUAUAGAAAUUUAAUGAAAAUCUUUUUGAACUGAGCUAUGGAUCCUUACCAUAGAAUGGAUACAGAAAGCGAGUGAGUGUGUGUAUUUUAAGAUAAGAUUAUUAGCGCUAGUUACAAAACUUUCGGUCAAAAUGAAAACUCAAAUGUUGUAAAUAAAGUUCAAUGAAAAAUUGUAA